GCAACAGUUACAUCACCUGCCUUUACGCUGAAUUUCGAAACGGAGAUAAGAUAACCGAUAAUACAGUUAUACUACAGUUUUUUAAAUAAGUUUCACAAGUUAUCGAACGCUUCAGUCUGGGCUAAUAGAGUCCUGCGGGCGUUUUUGUGGUUUUUCAUGUUGGACAAAAAGUGCAGUGCAAAAUGGGUUUCAAGGAUUUCAUUUUGGUCUUAGGUAUUGUGAUUAGCUGUGCAAAUGCUCAAACGUUCAGAGCAUGCGUCGUGGACGAUAGUAUAAGAUGUCAAAAUCUGGACAAAGAUGGCAGUCUAGUGUCAUGUUUGAGCGUACCCACCAGGGUGGAGUGCGCUGUACAGAUGAACAGAGGCAAUGCUUUCGGCGUAUUCACUGAAGAAGAACUGUUGCUACUCGCACAGAGAAAUCCUAAUGACCACCGCGUCAUCGCUACUGUCAGGGAUGUCAAUAGAAUAACAAAUCCCUUCGCAUUCGAAGCAGUAGCGUUGGUUCCCAAUAACCACACGAAUGGUUUCGAGGGCUUACGAGGAGGCCGGUACUGCCACCCGGGCCUAGGCGCUACCAGUAUGCGCUGGUCACCGAGAGUGCUCAGGGCUUUAGAGACUUUGUCGGCUCGCACAGAUCAGUGUCCUAGUGAGACGCGAGGCCGCACCACCGAGGAGUUGGAAGUGGAAAUCCUCAGUAAUUUCUUCUCGGAGGCUUGCAGACCCGGACCGUGGAGUGCAAAUCCCACACACGAUGCUGAUCUGAAGAGACGAUUCCCGAACUUGUGUGCGAUGUGCUCAGCCAGCGGUGUAUGCGAGGGCUACAACAACCCAAUGGCUAUAAACAUUGCGGGCGUCUCCAACAGAGACACACAUAUACAGGCGAUCGACUGUCUCGUCAACAACGGCACUGUCGCUUUCGUCGCGUGGUCGCAUGUCGUCGAUUAUUUUAGGGUAAGCAUAUUUUAGAAAGCAGGUUUUAUUUUAAAUACAAAAAUCGCGUACGAGCAAGUCCAACGCAGCUUAGGAAGAUUUAAUGGGAUGACGACUAAUUAUUGUUUGUCCGUCAGAAAGAUUGUUGAAAAAAUAAACCUUUUUUUUCCCGUAAUCAUUAAAUUAUGGCGAUACAUUGAGUUAAAAUGUC